AUGAGGCCGCUAGACGAGGCGGAGACGACGGUCGUCUUCGAGAAGCUCCUGAAGUUCACCGACAACAACCUGAAGAACACCGUCGAGAGCCCCGCCCGCCGCUACUGCUUCCGCCUCCAGAAGAACCGGGUCUAA